AGAACCAUGGGUCGCACAAAGGAGCCGAAAAAUACGAACGGCAACAGUGACGGUAGCGAUACGGAGGAGGAGUACGUAGUGGAGAAGAUCGUGGAUCGCCGGGAACGCAAAGGCAAGGUAGAGUACCUACUGAAAUGGAAGGGGUAUGACUCGAGCAGCAAUUCCUGGGAGCCGCGCGAAAACCUCGAUUGUCCGGAGCUGAUCAAAGCAUUCGAACAGUCGCGCACCGAUGCGAACAAAAAGGAGGCGAGCAAAAAGCGAACGACGGGCAAGAAAAAGCGAACCGCCGGCGAUUCGGACGAAGGCGACGGUACGGAUGAUGACGGUGGACGGGACGGUGACGGUGCGUCGACAAAAUCCGGCAAGACCCGAGCGAACGACGAGGAUGCGCGGUCGGCCGAUACGGAGCAGGUCGAGGAGUUGAACGGUUUCGAGAAAGGAUACAUACCGGAAAAAAUUCUAGGCGCGACGGAAGGAGACAAAGAACUUCUUUUCCUAAUCCAGUGGAAGGACAAAGACAGGGCGCAACUAGUAAAGUCGACAGACGCAAGGAAGCACUGUCCACAGCUCGUUAUCGAUUUCUACGAGGAACGCCUCAUCUGGCAGUCCGUCGACAAUGCGUAA